AUGGAGGCUGUUCAAGAUUACAUUAUCCCUGCCUUUCACACUAUACGGCAAAACAUCCCUCCAUCUCUAUAUCUUCAGAUGGCAUCAUAUGCCGCCUUAGCCCACACCCAUUUUCAGGAGAUUCGGGUGACCUACGCCGAACCCUACCUCAUAAACCCUCUGAACACUCUAAUUAACUCGCCCCCGGAUCUCUACUCCAUACUCAUACUCUUCUUCGUUCUUGUCAUUUCACUCAAGAUCUUGGACUAUGCUCGGCGGGUGAUAACCUUCUGGAUCGUGCUUUUUUUUCGCCUGCUGUUUUGGUCAGCCAUCCUAGGUGGGGGAUACUAUGUGUACCAAGUCGGCUGGGUGAAGGCUUCCCAGGAUGCGGCAUGGAUACUUGGCUUGUUUGAAGGCUUUAUCCGUCAAGUAAUAGCGGAAAGCUAG